AUGCGUGGAGAACGGAUGAGAGGGGGAAGUAUUAUAGUGUGCGGAGAAUACCCAAACAAUAUAACUAUUAAUGGUCACUCAUCAUCUAGUUCAUCGAAUGAUUUUGAUGUAAUAAUUUUCACUCAGCUCUGGCCCCAAACAGUUUGUUUAUACUCGAGACAGACAACAAAUUCAAGUUAUUGUAAUUUACCUGAAGAAGAAAAAUGGACCAUACAUGGAAUUUGGCCAAGUCAAUACCACAAAUUCACUCCAGCUGACUGUAAUCCUUCUUUAAGUUUUGAUCCAUCUCUUUUGGAAAAUAUAAAGGAAGAAUUAAACACUAAGUGGAUAUUUGUGGAUAAUAAAACUCAUCCAGAAUUAUUUUGGAAGCACGAGUGGGAUAAGCAUGGAACAUGUUCAACCGACAUUGAUUGUGUGAGCACACAACAAAAAUAUUUUGAAAAAGGUCUCGAUCUAUUUAAUAAUGAGAAUUACAAUGCGAAAAAUAUACUUAAAAAAGCCAAAAUUUUAUCUGGACGACAAUAUCAUGUGAAAACUAUUCUGAAAAAAGUUAAUCGAAUUUUAGGAGCUAGAAUCUAUGUUGAUUGCGUCAAAAAUAAGGAAACCAACGAGCAAUACUUUCAUGAAAUAAGGAUUUGUUUUGACAAAUCCUUUAAUUUAACCGACUGCGAUGGAAUCAAAAACUUUCCCACUAAUUGCGAUCGCUUGAAAAAUGUAAUUUAUCCCAAAACUAAUCCAGAUUAUAACGUGCUAUAA